UCAUGAUCGAAGAUCACCUGAUCCGGAUAGUGGUGACCUUCGACGACGAUAUUGGCAGGUGUGGUAUCUUUGUUAGGCACGAUUAAGGAGGAGAUUUGGUGGUGUGUGCCUUCUGAUCACUACUGUUGUUAUGGCGAGUAACUUGAAGUGUUUCUCUUGCGGCGGCGAUGGCCAUUUCGCCCGUGAGUGCCCGACGGGUCGGGCUAAUCCAGGUGGUGGGGCUGUGAAUGGGGCAUCUACUCUUACUCCUACUACGCCGCGCUUCUGGACGCCGCUCUGUAAUACUGAGGAUCUGGAAGAGAAGGAGUUCCUCCGGACUCUCCUCCAAGAGCGAAAGCAGCAGGAGGCGCUCAAGAAGGAGAUGGAGGAUCGCCAACGCAUCCAGGAACAACUUAAGGCUGAGACUGCGCGCCACGCGGAGGCCACUAAGGCCGAACUUUUGGCACUACUUGGGAGACAGUUCAUAGCCAACCGGGACGAUGCUAGGCGGGAAGAGAUCCGUGCAAUACGUACGCCGCUGUCGUCUCGAAGGAGGGAUACUCGGGACGAUGAGCACGGUGAGGUCGACGAUAUCGACGACGAAAUCCGGCRGCUCUAUACGCUUCGUGAGAAGCGGAGACGGGGUAAGACACCCCUUUCUGAGGGUGUGGCUUUUCGGCAGCCGGCCUUCAAUAUGGACGGACCGGUGGCUGAUGAUGCUCGCACUCACGCUGAGUGCUCUCGGCAGGCGGAAGAUAGGAGGAGGAAGGUGCCUGCUGGAGGGGGACCCGAUGGGGUUCUCCAUUAUAUUCUUGAGCAACGGAGAACACUGGAGGGACUCCGUCAAGACCAACUGAAGAAGAUCUGUGUCAAUGAAGGCCUUCAUUAUUGCACUAAGGGCCCCUCCAUUGAUCGGAUCAUAGCAGCACGGACGAAGCUGGUCUAUGAAGGGUUUGUUCUUGUCCCGGCUCAGGCUGCCGCUACCUCCCCACCGCACUCACUUAAGAAUGCGGAAUCAAACCCCGCAUGACUAGCACGUUUUUCGACUUUUUACCUCUGGCGUAACCUGUUGGAUGUUAUGAAGGGUUGGACUAACGCCUUUGUUUUUGACUUACCACCAAGAAUUCGGCUACCAUAUGACAAAUGUUGUACAUUGUGCUUUGUUGCUUUAGCCUUGAUUGGGGAAAUUGCAUGGUGUCGGAAGUUUGAGGAUCUGUUUUCUUCGGUGGACUGGCAUUCCUGGGAUAGAGGUCCGGUAGUAUAUCUCCUGACCUCCCCUUGGUGUCGUGUGCAGUAUGUUGGGAAUACGAUUCAAGGGUUGUAUGUUCGUUGGGGGGAACAUAUCCGAACUACACUAAUGAAUGGCGUUGGGGUUU